GAUCCUAGACACUAUCAUGGGAGGGAUUCGCCCCAGUGAAGAAGUCACCUCAAGCCAGUAAGUACGCCGAGCAACGCCAUGGAGUAGGUACCGGAUCUAUGACUGUCAGCCCCGUCAGCCCAGCCCAAGCCAUCCCAGCUCGCCCAUGCCACGCUCACGUGCCGCGAUCGGUAUUAUAAUACUGCGAGGCCAUUCCAAUCCACAACGCACGUCAUCGAACGAAAGCACGCAAACACAAUCGCUCUUCUCCAGCCCCGUCUCCUUAAAGCUCACAAACAGCUUCCGUACCAUACUCCCAGCCUCGCGCCAGCAGAUAGUGCGCCUCGGCUUAGUAGUAUUGAUGUAUAUCUGCCGAGCAGUCAAUCAGACGCCUACCGUCGCCAACGAAACCAUCUCCAAGCACCAUCUACAGGCUUAUCCCGAUCACACGCCUCGUGAUCAAGCAUCCAAGGCCGAAGAUUCCUAUUAGGAAAGUCGAUAAACUCUUGCGCCAGAAAGGGCAUCUCGCUGAGGCGCUGCUGACGCAAGUGGCUGGCUGAAGCCACCCGGUCUCCAGAGGCCUAGAACUCGGCGUGCAGCUGUGGAGU